ACGCAUUUCUUAAUAUUUUAGACUAAUAGUUCGACUUUUGUUAGUGUGCUAAAAAGUAAAAGUGGAAAGUUGUUUUCCCUGCUCAAUUUGUGAUAAAGAGUUUAUAACAAAAAGUGAAGUACAGAAGAAGGCUAUUAUAAAUCUUUCAUAGGGGGAGAUGAAGAAGCAGUUGUAUCGUGUUAAGCAGCUUGCUGAUCAGAGAGUAGGCAGAGCAGAGAAAACUGAUCUACUGACCGAAGAUUUACAACACGUAGAAAAAUCUUUGGAAAAAAUCAAAAUUGCUUGUUCAUCCACAGGCAGAAAACUUGCAUCAUGUAUGUUGAGCAGUGGGCCUGAUGCUGAGCGAAGAAAGAAAAAACUGAACCAGUUUCAGUUUGGUCAAAGUAUGUUAGAAUGUGGUCAAAUGCUCGGAGAUAUGUCCAUUUUAGGCUCUGUCCUGAUGUCAGCUGGUGAAACGCAGUCUGUGAUAUCUGCAGAGUUAGCUACUUAUGAAACAGAAAUCGAUGAAACUGUUUUAGCACCACUUCAGAAGUUAAUAGAGGUUGACAUUCCUAAUAUUCAACUUACAAAAAAGAAAUUGUCAAAAACUAGAUUAGACAUGGAUGCUUGCAGAACCAGAUGGUUAAAUGCAGUGAAAGUGUCACAAACUAGUGGUGGCAACAAGGUGGAUGCUGUUGCAAAAGCUGAAUUAUUAAAAGGAGACCUUGAAGAUCAAACAGCCCUCUUUCAACAAAUACAGGAUAAUUUAGCUACUGAGAUGUUUACUUUUGUAGCUGGUGAAAGAACUUAUGCUCAGUGGUUCAUGAAAUUAAUGAAAGCGCAAAUGAGAUACCAUGAAGCAUCGUUGGAGGUAAUAAAAAAACAUUUACCCAUUGCACAAGUGCAGUUAGAUAGCUCAAUGUUUCGUCCAAUGUUUGGUUGUCCAUUAUUAGAUCAUCUUUGUAGUACUGGCCGACAAAUUGCUCAUGUAAUUGAAGAAUGUGUUUUGUAUUUAUUAGAGUCAUCUAUGGAUGUUGAGGGACUAUUUAGGCUUGCUGGAAGUUCCACAAAAAUAAAGAAAUUAAAAGCCGCAUUUGAUGCUGGUGUUGUGGAAAUGGAAGACUUUACAAACGAAGUGCAUGCAGUGACAGGUGUGCUAAAGUUGUAUUUACGAGAGUUACCUGAUCCUCUACUUACUUUUGAGCUAUUUGAAGAAUGGAUUGUGGCUAGCAAAAUAAAAGAUCGUGAUCAGAAACUACAGACUUAUUGGAGUUUAGUAGAGAAACUACCUGGUGUCAACAAAGAAAAUUUAAAAUAUUUAAUAUGUUUUUUGUCGAAGUUGGCAGAGAAUUCUGAAGAAAAUAAAAUGAGUGCUGGUAAUAUUGCUAUUGUUAUAGCGCCCAACCUUUUGUGGAGUGCAGAUGAUGGAGGUGUAUCAAUUACCAAUACUGGCAAUGUAUCCAACAUAGUGGAAUCGCUGAUUGAACAUUGUGAAUGGUUUUUUCCUGGAGGUUGCAAGUUUGUUCGUCAUCAGCUAUCGGAAGAUAAACUUGAUGCCAUUAGUAGUCGGUUCAUUACAAAAGAUACAGAAUCUCCAGGAUCUCCGGAAAUGCCGAUCAUGGGAGUUGGCAGUCUUUUUAGUGAAGUAUCUAAAAAGCUUGGUUGGAAGGAAGGUUCUUCAGAAGUCAGUAAUGUGAAUAGUGCUUCAGUACAAGGUUACUACAACCCUUUGGCGGCACAAUAUGAUCCUGACCUUGAUACAACCGAGGAUUUGCCCUCCUUAUCUAAGAAACCUACCACUACACCACAGAUUGAUACAACUCCUGAGAACAGUAAAAGCCAGACUCCAUCUACGCCAUCCAUGGGUGAAGAAGUUCCGUCAGUUUCCAGUCAUCAGAGGACAAAUUCGAGAGACAUACCUCGUAGACCGGCACCACCAGUACCAAAACAUCCACCAAGAUCUACUCCACACAACAUACCGCCCGGCUCACCAAUAAGAAAAGGCACAGACUUUUCAAAGCCAAAACUUUCUGCUCUUGCGGAAGCGCAUAAAGUAAAUAAGUCGGGAGACCAGCUAGGUCAUCAAGCGUCGCUAAGAUAACGUUGCUAGGGGGACCGUUAAAUAAUUUUUCGCUGUAUCGGUGAUUACAGAAGAAUUUUACAUUAAAUAAAAAUGAGCGAGUUCGAAUAACUUCUAGCAGGAUUUUGGUUAUCUUUGAUAUUAUUCGAUUUUAUUCUUAGCAACCAUUAGGCAACUUUUCUAUCAAUUUGGAGUUAGUUUUUAUCAACUGAAGUGCCAGCUCAAAAUUAAAGAUAUAAAAAACAAACGUGAUAAAAGAAAUUCUAGGCUUGCUAGAUUGCCAGAUUCUUUUUUUAUAACAUUACCUUUUGAUUCAAUUUUGACACGUCUACUGGAAAAUUCUUAUUUUAGACGAAAAUCUCACCUUCCCCCCCCCCCCUCUUCCUCCUCUUUUUUUUAUGUAAAUUCAAGGCGCACAGAUCAUUGGUAUUUAACAAAGCAGAUUUCUAAUUUAAUAAAGCUUACAUAAAUUUUUCUUUAAUGAAAAUAUUUGCUAACUUUAUAAAUUUAUUUUUCUUGUAUAUCAAAAUAUUUUUUAGAAGUUCAGUUGGCAGUAACCCUUUUUUAGCUGUCCAAACAAUUGUAUUUUACUUCGUGUUUUAUGUAUAUGAGUUCUUUACUUCUCUAGAAAAUAUGGACCUUAAGAUGUA